GUCCGGCGGCGGCGGCGGCAGGUGGCCCCGCGCGCAGCGGCCGGCCCGGCCGGGGGCGGGCGGGAAGGUGGCGCCUCGGGCGGGGGCCGGUCCCUGCACCAGGUGACCUGUUCCGGCCCGGAUCCGGGAGGCCUCGCCAUGCAGCGGCGCGGCGCGGGGCUCGGGUGGCCACGGCGGCAGCAGCAGCAACAACCCCUGCCGCUCGCGGCCGGCCCCCGGGCCGCAGCCAUGGCCCCCCCGAGCGGCGGCGUACCCCCGGGCCUCGGCGGGCGCCCUGCCUGCGCGCUGCUCCUGCUCUGCUACCUGAAUUUUGUACCAUCUUUGGGUAGGCAGACUUCCCUGACGACGUCGGUGAUACCCAGAGCUGAGCAGAGCGUGGCUUACAAAGACUUUAUUUAUUUCACUGUCUUUGAAGGAAAUGUUCGCAAUGUUUCUGAAGUCUCGGUGGAGUAUUUAUGCUCUCAGCCUUGUGUUGUCAAUUUGGAAGCAGUGGUUUCAUCUGAGUUCAGAAGUAGCAUUCCCGUGUACAAAAAAAGGUGGAAGAAUGAGAAACAUCUUCACACCAGCAGGACACAAAUAGUACAUGUGAAAUUUCCAAGCAUCAUGGUUUAUAGAGAUGAUUAUUUCAUCAGACACUCCAUUUCGGUAUCUGUGGUGAUACUACGCGCCUGGAUUACUCACCGAUAUAGCGGUGGAGACUUGAAUGUUAAAUGGGAGGAAAACUUGCUACAUGCUGUAGCGAAGAAUUAUACCCUGCUGAAGACCAUCCCACCUUUUGAACGCCCUUUCAAAGAUCAUCAGGUGUGCUUUGAGUGGAACAUGGGUUAUAUUUGGAACCUUCGAGCAAACAAGAUUCCCCAGUGUCCUCUUGAGAAUGAUGUGGUCACCCUCCUGGGCUUUCUCUUUGCCUCCAGUGGAGAAAACACAGGCAUUGUGAAGAAGUUCCCGAGAUUUCGGAAUCGAGAGCUAGAGGCCACCCGACGCCAGCGGAUAGAUUACCCAGUGUUUACUGUUUCACUGUGGCUUUAUUUACUCCAUUAUUGCAAGGCCAAUCUCUGUGGGAUUCUGUAUUUUGUUGAUUCUAAUGAGAUGUACGGCACGCCUUCUGUAUUUCUUACUGAAGAGGGCCACUUGCAUAUUCAAAUGCAUCUUGUCAAAGGAGAAGACCUUGCUGUAAAAACGAAAUUCACCAUACCCUUGAAGGAGUGGUUUCGCCUGGAUAUGUCUUUUAAUGGCGGCCAGAUAGUAGUAACCACCAGCACUGGACAGGAUUUGAAAGACUACCAUAAUCAGACCAUUAGCUUCCGAGAGGAUUUCCAUUAUAAUGACACUGCUGGGUACUUCAUUAUUGGAGGGAGCAGGUAUGUGGCUGGCAUUGAAGGGUUUUUUGGACCCCUGAAGUACUAUCGCCUCCAUGCUCUGCACCCUGCACAGAUUUUCAAUCCCCUACUUGAGAAGCAACUUGCUGAACAUAUCAAGUUAUAUUAUGAAAGGUGUGCAGAGGUUCAAGAAAUAGUAUCUGUGUACACAUCCACGGUACAGCAGGGGGACAGGAGACAAGAAGCAUGCGACCUCCGGAAUUCCUACCUGGACCUGAAGCUCAGGUACGGGCGGCCCUCGAUGUGCAGAGCCCUCCUCUGGGAGAAGGAGCUGAAAGCCAAGCACCGCAGCUUGUUCCAGGCCUUGCUGGAGAUGGGUUUGGUGACAGUGCCGAGGAACCAAAGUGAAUCCGUAUUAGAAAUUGGUGGGCGGAUGUUCGAGAAGGCUGUAAAGAGACUUUCCACUGUUGAUGGUCUUCACCAAAUUAGCUCUGUCGUCCCCUUUCUGAUGGAUGCCAGCUGCUGUGGAUACCAUAAAGCAUCCUACUACCUCGCAGUCUUUUAUGAAACUGGAUUAAAUGUACCUCGGGAUCAGCUGCAGGGCAUGUUGUAUAGUUUGGUUGGAGGCCAGGGCAGUGAGAGGCUGUCUUCGAUGAACCUUGGGUACAAACACUACCAGGGUAUUGAUCACUACGCCCUGGACUGGGAGUUGUCCUACGCCUACUACAGCAACAUUGCCACCAAGACACCCCUUGACCAGCACACGCUCCAAGGAGAUCAGGCAUACGUUGAGACAAUUAGACUAAAAGAUGAUGAAAUUCUCAAGGUACAAACCAAAGAAGAUGGAGACGUCUUCAUGUGGCUGAAGCAUGAAGCUACUCGAGGCAAUGCAGCAGCUCAGCAACGGUUGGCCCAGAUGCUGUUCUGGGGCCAGCAAGGCGUGGCCAAGAACCCGGAAGCGGCUAUUGAGUGGUACGCCAAGGGUGCCCUGGAGACCGAGGACCCCGCGUUAAUAUACGACUACGCCAUCGUGUUAUUUAAGGGUCAAGGAGUAAAAAAGAACAGACGGCUUGCCUUAGAGCUGAUGAAGAAAGCAGCUUCCAAGGGAUUGCAUCAGGCAGUCAAUGGCCUGGGAUGGUAUUACCACAAAUUCAAGAAAAAUUAUGCCAAAGCGGCUAAGUACUGGUUAAAAGCAGAAGAAAUGGGGAACCCAGAUGCAUCAUACAAUCUUGGAGUCCUGUACUUGGAUGGCAUUUUCCCAGGAGUUCCUGGAAGGAAUCAAACAUUAGCUGGUGAAUAUUUCCAUAAGGCUGCACAAGGCGGACACAUAGAAGGAACCUUGUGGUGUUCUCUCUACUAUAUCACAGGCAACCUGGAGACAUUCCCUCGAGAUCCCGAGAAGGCUGUUGUAUGGACAAAGCAUGUAGCCGAGAAAAAUGGCUACUUGGGCCACGUCAUUCGCAAAGGCCUCAAUGCCUACCUGGAGGGCUCGUGGCACGAAGCUUUGCUGUAUUAUGUUUUAGCAGCAGAAACUGGAAUUGAAGUGUCACAGACAAAUUUAGCACACAUCUGUGAGGAGAGGCCAGACCUGGCCAAGAGGUACUUGGAUGUUAAUUGUGUUUGGAGAUACUAUAAUUUCUCUGUUUUUCAAAUCGAUGCUCCUUCAUUUGCGUAUUUGAAAAUGGGAGACCUUUACUACUAUGGCCACCAAAACCAAUCACAAGACCUUGAGUUGUCUGUGCAGAUGUAUGCCCAAGCAGCGCUGGAUGGAGACUCACAGGGAUUUUUUAACCUGGCCCUGCUAAUUGAGGAAGGUGCUAUAAUCCCACAUCAUAUUUUGGAUUUCUUGGAAAUUGACCCGACUAUCCAUUCUAAUAACAUCUCCAUCGUCCAAGAACUGUACGAAAGGUGCUGGAGCAACAGCAGCGAGGAGUCCUUCAGCCCCUGUUCCCUGGCCUGGCUUUACCUUAACCUCCGGCUUAUCUGGGGUGCCACCCUGCACUCUGCCCUGAUCUACUUUCUGGGAACCUUCCUGCUGUCUGCAUUGAUCGCCUGGACCGUGCAGUAUUGCCAGUCUGUCUCAGCCAGCGGUUCCCAUGCGACACCAGCCCGGGCCCCCCGAGACCCUACUGCCCCCACUGCAAGUCCAUCUGUGACUCCAGCUGCAGACACCUCUGCUCAGGACCAGCCCACCGUCACCAACAACCCGGAGCCACGUGGGUGAACUGUGCACUCCAUGUCUCUCCAGAUGAGAGAGAAUCCUUUUCAAUAGCUGGUAUUGGAUAGCUGGGGCUGGGGCAUUAUACACCUUAAAUGUCUUGUCAACUGGAUGUGAAUUUUGCACUUGGUGUCUUUUUUUUUUUUUUUUUUAAAUCAAAGAAAUACCCAGAGCAGACAGUGGUUAUACCAAAGGUUAUCAAACAAAUACAAGGAGUAUCCUGAUCACAGGGACAUGUCGGGGAGGUUAAGUGGGUCAUUGAGGAUGUCCAUUUCUAAUGACUGUGUGUAUGGGGGAGGCAGAGUGUGCCUUGUGGCGUAUCCGAAUCCUUAUACACUGAGAUGUAUUUUAAGAAUCUUAGCCCAUUGUUCAUUCCCUUUUAUUAAAAAACAGAAAAUUGUGACUUCUCUACCAGUUAGAUAAUAUUUGCUAUGUGUGUUUGCCACUGCCCUCCUCCUCGCAGUCCCAUGGACAGAUUUCCAUUUGACAUCCAAGACCCAGCAAGUCUAAGGCACCUUGAAAUAAAUGGGUUAAGGCUGGAAAUACAGGGAAGGCAAUGGCUUUGUAAAUUGGGUUUACAUUUUUCUCCUUGAAGUUUUCUAGGGCUGUAGUGCUUCCGAAUCAUUUAAUGACACUGUUGGAUAUCGUUUACCUUUCAAUUGCAAUCCAUAAAAUAACAUUUAGAAAAUUCUUAGUAUUUAAGUCUAGUCUUUUCCAUGAAUUACCCAUUAGAAUAGACUGGCAGCAGUGGAAUGCGCAGGAAACAAGCCUUUAGCUCACAGGCUCAUUCCCCACCCUUUAUGCCUGCCUGCGUCUGCAUAGGGGUGUGUGUGUGUGUGUGUGUGUGUGUGUGUGUGUGUGUGUGUGUGUGUGUGUGUGUGUGUCAAGGGGGACGGGUAGAGAGGAAGAGGAAGAGCAGACUGUCUACGCUGUAUGCUGCUAAGGUAGUAAAUAAAUUGCAAUACUGUGGGUCCAAACUACUCUUUGCACUACUUUAUUUACAGUAGCAAAUAAAAAUUAUUUUUAUACCA